GUCAUUUCUUUGUUUCCGAAGGCGGAGGAGGCUCCAAGCCCCCCCUCCCUGUGCCACCCCCUCCCCCCGGGUCCUGGCUCCCUGUCUGUGUGACCGGCCCCAGGGGUAGAGUCCAGGCCUGACGCGGGGCGGGUCGGCGGCGGCUGCGGCUGAGGUGAGAGACGGCGGCGGCGGCGGCGCGGGCACGCGGCCCCCCAGCGGGAGGAUGAAGCGGCGGAACGCCGACUGCAGUAAGCUCCGCCGCCCCCUAAAGCGGAACCGGAUCACCGAGGGCAUCUACGGCAGUACAUUUUUAUACCUGAAAUUCCUGGUAGUAUGGGCACUUGUCCUCCUAGCAGAUUUUGUCCUGGAGUUCAGAUUUGAAUACCUGUGGCCAUUCUGGCUUUUCAUCAGAAGCGUCUAUGAUUCCUUCAGAUACCAGGGACUGGCCUUCUCAGUAUUUUUUGUUUGUGUAGCAUUCACGUCAAAUAUAAUAUGCCUGCUGUUCAUCCCCAUACAAUGGCUUUUUUUUGCUGCUAGCACAUAUGUAUGGGUUCAGUACGUAUGGCACACAGAAAGGGGAGUGUGUUUGCCUACAGUCUCUCUCUGGAUCCUCUUUGUUUAUAUUGAAGCAGCCAUUAGAUUUAAAGAUCUCAAAAACUUUCAUGUAGACCUUUGUCGUCCAUUUGCUGCUCACUGUAUUGGGUACCCUGUGGUAACUUUGGGCUUUGGCUUCAAAAGUUACGUAAGCUACAAAAUGCGGUUAAGGAAGCAAAAAGAAGUACAAAAAGAGAACGAGUUUUACAUGCAACUUCUUCAACAAGCCCUCCCUCCAGAGCAACAGAUGCUGCAAAAGCAAGAAAAAGAGGCGGAGGAAGCAGCCAAAGGAUUACCUGAUAUGGAUUCUUCGAUCCUUAUACACCACAAUGGAGGUAUCCCUGCCAACAAAAAACUUUCCCCAACUUUGCCAGAGAUAGAAUACCGGGAAAAAGGGAAAGAAAAGGACAAGGAUGCCAAAAAACACAACCUUGGAAUAAACAAUAACAAUAUUCUACAACCUGUAGACUCUAAAAUACAAGAAAUUGAGUAUAUGGAAAACCAUAUCAAUAGUAAAAGAUUAAAUAAUGAUCUUGUGGGAAGUACAGAAAAUCUCUUGAAAGAGGACUCAUGCACUGCUUCUUCAAAAAAUUACAAAAAUGCCAGUGGAGUUGUGAACUCCUCACCUCGAAGUCAUAGCGCCACAAAUGGGAGCAUUCCUUCCUCAUCUAGUAAAAACGAGAAGAAGCAGAAAUGCACUAGCAAGAGCCCAAGUACACACAAGGACUUAAUGGAAAACUGUAUUCCUAAUAACCAGCUAAGCAAACCAGAUGCACUGGUAAGGCUGGAACAAGACAUUAAAAAGUUAAAGGCUGACCUGCAAGCCAGCAGACAAGUGGAACAAGAGCUCCGCAGUCAGAUCAGCUCCCUUUCGAGCACCGAGCGAGGGAUCCGGUCAGAAAUGGGCCAGCUUCGGCAGGAGAACGAGCUGCUGCAGAACAAGUUACAUAAUGCUGUGCAAAUGAAGCAAAAAGACAAGCAGAAUAUCAGCCAGUUGGAGAAAAAGCUAAAAGCUGAGCAGGAAGCCCGAAGUUUUGUAGAAAAACAAUUAAUGGAAGAGAAAAAAAGGAAGAAGUUAGAAGAAGCCACUGCUGCCCGGGCUGUUGCAUUUGCGGCUGCGUCUAGGGGGGAAUGCACCGAAACCUUACGGAAUCGGAUCAGAGAACUAGAAGCAGAGGGCAAGAAGCUCACAAUGGACAUGAAGGUGAAAGAAGAUCAAAUCAGAGAACUUGAACUGAAAGUCCAGGAGCUUCGGAAAUAUAAGGAAAAUGAGAAGGACACUGAGGUGUUAAUGUCAGCCCUCUCAGCCAUGCAAGACAAAACGCAGCACCUGGAGAACAGCCUAAGCGCAGAGACCAGAAUCAAGCUGGACCUGUUCUCUGCACUGGGUGAUGCAAAGCGGCAGCUCGAGAUUGCCCAAGGACAAAUCCUUCAGAAAGAUCAGGAAAUCAAGGACCUAAAACAGAAGAUAGCCGAAGUCAUGGCCGUCAUGCCCAGCAUAACAUACAGUGCUGCCACCAGCCCCCUGAGCCCUGUUUCCCCCCACUACUCUUCCAAAUUUGUGGAGACCAGCCCCUCGGGACUUGACCCCAAUGCCUCUGUUUACCAGCCCCUGAAGAAAUGAAGGCCAGCUGUGUGUUGUGCCCAACCAUUUGGUUACCGAAGUCAUUGCAAAGGAGCAUCUCUGGCAGUCAAGAUGAAAAAAACAGUUUCUAUUGUAUUUUGUGGGACUGUAUCUGUUGUCAUUUUUAAAAAGGGGGGAAAGAUAACAUCCAAUUCUGAUUACAACUGCCCAUCAGUUUUUCAUGUAAAUUUUUAGAAGACCUCACAGAACUUUACAGUUUAUUUUUCUCGGCCAACACAUUAAAACCAUUCUUGGAUUUCAAGUAGCCAACUUUGCCUUUUAUGUAUUCUUACAUAGUUUCCUCUUGAAGAAAAAAAAAGCAGAGUUUUUGCUUUUCAACCCUUUACAUUUGUUUUGUUUUUUUCUUAAAUAAGCAAGAAAAACCUACACAUUGGAUUCAUAUGAGAUGAUAAUGAAAACUUUUAGUUUAAAAGUGAAGGGUUAAGUAACCUAACAGAGCUUUGAUGUUAUAGCCGCAUUAAAGAAGGUGAUUGUCAGUAUUACAGAAAACAAAAAUGGACUGCCCCUCCAAGGACCAAACAGGUUCGAGGAGCAUCAUUUAAGCUGAGAAGAGACCUAAGUGAUGAGACUAGCUGUAAGAAUGUAACAGGGGUCGUGUUUGAAAUAUUUAUAUUCCCAUCAGUAUGUUUAGUCCUAGAAAAUUGCUAGCAGCAGUCUUCUUCACAGUGCCUUGGGAAAAGACAUUUCAAGAGGAAACUUGACAAUUUUAAACUCUUUUCCCCCUCUACCGUCACCUAUCCUCUAUCUCUAAUCAAGCUCACUGCGGAUCCUGCUGUAAAACUGGUGGGUAGCUGGGCUGUCCGUUACCACCACAGCUACAUCUUGUGUUUCUUUUAAUAGAAAGCACCCCGGUGUUCUGCACUUGCCUCCAGUAAAGCACCUUGGGAAGGGAGCCAGGCGGUGUUUGUGGAUGAGAGACUGUGACGAUGGCUAAUAAAAGCUACAAUUCUAGGGGUUUUUUUUUUUCCAUUUCAUUUAACUGUGCUUUCUCCACUUUUCAUCAUCUUGUGUUUGAUAAUUUAAAAGAAGCUUGACUGUUCCUCAGCUCUUGUGCCAAGGAGGUUUUUUUUUUAAGACUCAAAACUCUGCACAAAGAUUUCAGUUUGAAAUGUGUAUUAUACAUGGGUAGAAAAGUGUUUGCACAGGCAACUUUUGGAAGUGUUUAAGAAUCAGGGUGGGGGUGGGGGGAGGGAAUGGGGGGGGCAAUGCAAAAUUGUAUUUGGAAACUAGGAAAAAUUAAAGAAACCAAAUAAAUUGGUUUGCUUCCUUGCCAUGGAUUCUGGAAGGACGUAGUUCUUCUAAAAUUUCCUAUUAAUUGGCAUGUACGUCUCAUUUAAAGCAAAUUAAGUAGGACAAGCAAGUCAGUAAAAUAGAAGUAUUAUAAAAGAAUCAUCCUUUAAGUCACAGAUCUUAUUUUGGGAUAAAAAAUACUUCUAGCUUUAGCCAGGUGUGCAUGUUGCUGCCAUUUUGCAUUUUUGAAUCAUCUUGUGUAAUUGUCACCAUGAAAGUGUUACUCAGAAUUGUCAUAGAUUUUUUCAUCUUUGUGCAAAAACAUGGAAAACUGUCACUGACUUUGUGUUGAGGUUUCCCCCAUUUUGCUGCCUUUUGGGACACUUCGUUAAAUACUGGUCUUGGCUGCAUUCUUUUUUUUUUUUUUUUUUCCUGUGGGGUUCAAAAGAAUAAACAUUUUCUUACAGA